AUGAAUCCAUUAAGGCCAAUAAGAGUUUAAGAGGCAUACCGCUUUUCUUAAUUGGGUGUUAGUCAAACCAAUUUCAAAUUUGGUUAAAUUUUCUUCGAAUCUGAUAAAUAUAUCACAAUCAGAGAGACAGCACCAAAUGGAGACACUUAAUUAUUGCAAUUCAAUUUUGAGACAAAACAAUUGAUUUCUCGUAAGCCAAACAAGGCAGACUCUGCUAUAAUGCAUCCAGAAAAGAAUAUUAUAGCCCUAAGAGCAGCAGGUGAAUAGCCAAAUUCAACCGUGAUCUAAAUCUUCAAUUUGGAUGAGAAAUAGAGAAUAAAAAAUGUUGAAGUCAAUGAGACUAUAGUAUUUUGGAGAUGGGUAAACCAAUAAAAAUUAGCAUACGUUACUCCAACAGCAGUUUAUCAUAUCAAUAUUACAAACCCUGGUGAAUAAUAAGUUAAGGUUAUGGAUAGGUAACAUAUAUAAUCAUAAUAAAAUUAGAUCUGGAGCAUUAUCAUCAGAGAAUCCAGUAUAAAUCAUUGGAUAUGGAUUAGAAGGAAAUGAAAAAUGGUGUGCAUUAUAUGGUAUUUCAACACCAGAUGGAGGUAGAACAAUUAAUGGUCACAUACAAUUAUUUUUGAUUGAAUAAGCAAAAUAAUAAAUUUUAGAAGGACAUUGUUGUUGUUUUGGAGAUGCUUUGAUUCAUACAGAUGACUAUAAAAGCAGUUUAUUCUGUUUUGUAGAGAGAAAGUCUGGUGAAACAACAAGCAGAUUACAUAUCUCAGAAAUUGGAGUACCACCUAAUGGAUUCUAAAAAUACAAAAGAUAAGUUGAAGUUUAAACUGAUCCAAAUUAUCCAACAGAUUUCCCAGUCUUAAUGCAUAUCAAUUAAAGAUAUGGAUUAAUCUAUGUAAUAAGCAAAUAUUCAUUUUUGACUGUAUAUGAAUUAAGCACAGCUAGUUUGAUAUUUAGAGAGGUAUAAUCUAAUAUUUAUAAUCCAAUAGAGAAUCUGUAAUGAAAAUGUUUUCGUAGGUGCCCCAAAUGUUAAUUAAGGAUAAUAUCAUAUUAUUGGUAAGGAAGGUAUAGUCUAUACAAUUUCUGUAAAUGAUGACUAAUUAGUAUCUUUCUUAAUUAAUACUUGCAGACAUAUUCCAGAUGUUAUUCAAUUGGGAUUCCGUUUGGCUAGUAGAUAUAAGCUUCCUGGAGCAGAAAAUAUGUUUGUUGAUUAAUUCAAUAAAGCUAUUUUAACUGGUGAUGCUUAAAGUGCUGCUAAAAUUGCUGCUAGUGCUCCUGGAACAGUUCUUAGAAAUCCAGAAAGUAUUGCUAAAUUCAAAUAAAUGUAAUAAUAACCAGGAUAACCUUAACCACUUAUUAUCUAUUUCCAAACUUUGUUAGAAAAAGGAACAUUAAAUAAAUUUGAAGCUAUAGAAUUGUGUGGACCAAUUUUAUAAUAAGGAAGAAAACAAUUCGUUGAAUAAUGGAUUGCUUAAAAUAAAUUAGAACCAUCAGAUGAAUUGGGAGAUCUUUUAAAAAAAUAUGAUGUCAAUUUAGCUAUUCAAAUCUAUAAAUUAUCUAAAUCAUAUUAAAAAUUAGCAUAAUGUUAUAUGGAAACUGGAUAAAUUGAAUUAGCUAUGCAAUUACAAUAAUAAUUUGGAGUAUCUACAGAUUAUAUGGCUAUGUUAAGAAAUAUUAUGAUGUCAUCUCCAGAAUAAGCUUUAGCUAUGGCUAAAUCUUUAUAUCAAAGAGACCAAAGCAUCAAUGUUCAUUAAAUUGCAGAAUUAUUUGAAUAAUUCUAAAGAUUACCAGAAAUGACAGCCUUCUUAGUUGAGUGUAUGAAAAACAAUAGAGCAGAAGAUGGGCCACUCUAAACUAAAGUUUUAUGCUUGAAUUUAUAAGCUGCCGCUCAAGUUGCUGAUGCCAUCUUAUCAAUGAACAUCUGGACAUAAUUUGAUAGAAUUAGAGUUGCCUAACUAUGUGAAUAAAAAGGCCUUUAUCAAAGAGCUCUGGAAAAUUAUUCUGAUCCUAAAGAUGUUAAAAGAGUUAUUCUUAAUACUCAUGCUCUCCCUCCUGAAUUCCUUAUCAAUUUCUUAUCCAGAGUUGAUCCUGCAUUAACAUUAUAAUGCCUUUAAGAUUUAUUAAGACACAAUAGAUAGAACUUAUAAGUGGUUGUUAAUGUUGCAGUGUAAAACAAUUAAAGAUUAACAAUUCCUGCCUGCAUAAAGGUCUUUGAAUCAGUUAGUGCAUUUGAAGGAGUCUACUUAUUUUUAGGAUCUUUGAUUAAUACAACAUCUGAUAAGGAUAUCUAUUAUAAAUAUAUUGAAGCUGCUGCUAAAUGCAAUUAAAUUAAAGAAUUAGAAAGGGUUAUUACAGAAAAAGGAGAUUGUUAUGAUGCAGAUAAAGUUAAAAACUAUUUGAAGGAAUAAAAAUUAUCUGAUCCAAGACCAUUGAUUUUCUUAUGUGAUAUGAAUGGAUUUGUUGAUGAAUUGACUAGAUAUCUACAUAAAAAUGGAUUUACUAGAUAUAUUGAAAUCUACAUAUUCAAAGUAAAUCCAAAUGCUGCUCCUGCAGUUUUUGGUACAUUAAUUGAUUUGGAAUGUGAUGAAGUUUAUUUGAAAUAAUUGUUGUAUAAUAUUCGUGGAAUGUGUCCAAUUGAACCAACUGUUGAGGAAUUUGAAAAAAGAAAUAAACUUAGAGUCUUAGAAUAAUGGCUUGAAGCUAGAGUUACUGAAGGCAAUCAAAUUCCAGCCAUUCACAAUGCAUUAGCUAAAAUAAAGAUUGAUACAUCAUAAGAUCCUGAUGGAUUCUUGAUUAAUAAUCAAUUUUAUGAUGCAAAGGCUGUUGGUAAAUUCUGCGAAGAAAGAGAUCCAUAAUUAGCAGUUCUAGCUUAUAAAAGAGCAUGGGGACAAUGUGAUUAAGAAUUAAUUAAUUUAACAAAUAAAAAUGAAAUGUACAGAGUUUAAGCCAAAUAUCUAGUAGAAAGAUAAGAUGUUGAUUUAUGGGCUGGAGUAUUAUAAGAAACAAAUCCACAUAGAAAAAAUUUGAUUGACUAUGUAAUUUAAGCAUUACAAGACUCAAAAAAUGUUGAUGAAGUUUAAGCAGCUGUCAAAGCAUUUGUAUUGGCAAAAAUUCCUUAUGAAUUAUUAGGUUUAUUAGAGAAAUUAGUAUUACAUAAUCCAGAAUUCAUGUAAUAUAAAUAAUUAUAAAAUUUGUUAAUUAUUACAGCUAUUUAAAGUGAUACAAGCAAAGUAUUGGAUUACAUUAAUAGAUUGGAUAAAUUUGAUCCAUAAAUUAUAGCAUAACAUUGUUUGAAUGAAGAAUAUAAAUUGUAUGAAGAAGCUUAUGCUGUCUUUAAGAAAUUUAAUUUACAUAUUGAAGCUGUUAAUGUAUUACUCAGAAAUUUGGGUAGCAUUCCAAGAGCUCAUGAAUAUGCUUAAUUUGCUAGUUCACCUGAAGUUUGGUCAUUAUUAGCUGAGGCUUACUUUAAUUAAGGAUAAACCAAUGAAUCAAUUGAUUGUUAUAUUAAGGCUAAUGAUUCAAGUGCAUUCUUAAACAUAAUUAAUGUGGCUGAAUAAGAAGAGAAAUAUGAAUUAUUAGUCAAAUAUUUAUUAAUGUGUAGAUAAACAGUCAAGGAUGUUAACAUUGAUAAUUCAUUAAUCUAUUGUUAUGNUUUGAAUCAGUUAGUGCAUUUGAAGGAGUCUACUUAUUUUUAGGAUCUUUGAUUAAUACAACAUCUGAUAAGGAUAUCUAUUAUAAAUAUAUUGAAGCUGCUGCUAAAUGCAAUUAAAUUAAAGAAUUAGAGAGAGUUAUUACAGAAAAAGGAGAUUGUUAUGAUGCAGAUAAAGUUAAAAAUUAUUUGAAGGAAUAAAAAUUAUCUGAUCCAAGACCAUUGAUUUUCUUAUGUGAUAUGAAUGGAUUUGUUGAUGAAUUGACUAGAUAUCUACAUAAAAAUGGAUUUACUAGAUAUAUUGAAAUCUACAUAUUCAAAGUAAAUCCAAAUGCUGCUCCUGCAGUUUUUGGUACAUUAAUUGAUUUGGAAUGUGAUGAAGUUUAUUUGAAAUAAUUGUUGUAUAAUAUUCGUGGAAUGUGUCCAAUUGAACCAACUGUUGAGGAAUUUGAAAAAAGAAAUAAACUUAGAGUCUUAGAAUAAUGGCUUGAAGCUAGAGUUACUGAAGGCAAUCAAAUUCCAGCCAUUCACAAUGCAUUAGCUAAAAUAAAGAUUGAUACAUCAUAAGAUCCUGAUGGAUUCUUGAUUAAUAAUCAAUUUUAUGAUGCAAAGGCUGUUGGUAAAUUCUGUGAAGAAAGAGAUCCAUAAUUAGCAGUUCUAGCUUAUAAAAGAGCAUGGGGACAAUGUGAUUAAGAAUUGAUUAAUUUAACAAAUAAAAAUGAAAUGUACAGAGUUUAAGCCAAAUAUCUAGUAGAAAGAUAAGAUGUUGAUUUAUGGGCUGGAGUAUUAUAAGAAACAAAUCCACAUAGAAAAAAUUUGAUUGACUAUGUAAUUUAAGCAUUACAAGACUCAAAAAAUGUAGAUGAAGUUUAAGCAGCUGUCAAAGCAUUUGUAUUGGCAAAAAUUCCUUAUGAAUUAUUAGGUUUAUUAGAGAAAUUAGUAUUACAUAAUCCAGAAUUCAUGUAAUAUAAAUAAUUAUAAAAUUUGUUAAUUAUUACAGCUAUUUAAAGUGAUACAAGCAAAGUAUUGGAUUACAUUAAUAGAUUGGAUAAAUUUGAUCCAUAAAUUAUAGCAUAACAUUGUUUGAAUGAAGAAUAUAAAUUGUAUGAAGAAGCUUAUGCUGUCUUUAAGAAAUUUAAUUUACAUAUUGAAGCUGUUAAUGUAUUACUCAGAAAUUUGGGUAGCAUUCCAAGAGCUCAUGAAUAUGCUUAAUUUGCUAGUUCACCUGAAGUUUGGUCAUUAUUAGCUGAGGCUUACUUUAAUUAAGGAUAAACCAAUGAAUCAAUUGAUUGUUAUAUUAAGGCUAAUGAUUCAAGUGCAUUCUUAAACAUAAUUAAUGUGGCUGAAUAAGAAGAGAAAUAUGAAUUAUUAGUCAAAUAUUUAUUAAUGUGUAGAUAAACAGUCAAGGAUGUUAACAUUGAUAAUUCAUUAAUCUAUUGUUAUGCUAAAUUAGAUAAGAAUUUAGAUAUUGAAUCUUUAAUUUAAUCAAGCAAUUCAGCUGAUUUAAUUAAAGUAGGAGAGAGAUGUUAUGAUUAAUAAUUAUAUGAAGCAGCUAAGAUCUUAUUUACAGCACUUAAAAAUAAUGCAAGAAUAGCAUCUUGUUUGGUUAGAUUAAAAUAAUUUAAUAAAGCAAUUGAAGCAGCUUAAAAGGCUAAUACAUCAAAGACAUGGAAAGAAUUAUGUUUUGCUUGUGUUGAAGCAUCUGAAUUUAAAUAUGCUUCAAUUUCUGCUUAGAACAUUAUCAUAGUACCAGAUAUGUUGGAAUCUUUGAUUAAAUAAUAUGAAGAAUAUAAUGCAUAAGAAGAAAUGAUAAUAUUAUUGGAAAAUGCUUUAGGUAUGUAAAGAGCACAUGUUGGUAUCUUUACAGAAUUAGCAGUUCUUUAUUGUCAUUAUAAAUAAAAGAAAGUUAUGGAACAUUGUAGAUAAUAUUUCUAAAAGAUGAACAUAUUGAAAGUUCUAAGAACUUGUGAAAAGAUGUGUCUUUGGAGUGAAGCUGUUUAUUUACAUUAACAUUAUGAUUAACCAGAUAAUGCUAUCAAUAUUAUGAUUGAACAUUCGCCAACUGCAUUCUCUCAUGAUGUUCUAGUUAUGUUACUCUAAAAGAUUACUAAUACAGAUUUGUAUUACAAAUGUAUUCUCUUUUAUCUUGAAGAAUAACCAGAAUAAAUUAAUGAUUUAUUAAGAAGUAUUCAAUCUAAGAUUGAUUUAAGCAAAUUUGUUAAAUUAAUGAAAAAUACUGGUUAUUUAGCUUUGACAUUACCAUUUUUAUAACAAAUUCAAAAUUCAAAUAAUAAAGAUGUUAAUGAUGCCUUAAAUCAACUCUAUUUAGAUAUUGAAGAUUAUGAAAAUCUUAGAGAAUCUGUUAAAAAUUAUGAAAACUUUGACUAAUUGGCUUUAGCCUAAAAGACUUAAUCUCAUGAAUUAGUUGAAUUUAGAAGAAUAGCUGCUUAUUUAUAUAGAAAGAUCUAAAAAUUUGAUUUAUCUAUGAACUUGAGUAAAUAAGACUAAAUGUACAGAGAUGCAAUCGAAACAGCUUAAGAAUCUUAGAAUGUUAAGUUAGUCUAUGAAUUAUUGGAAUUCUUCAUAUAAAAUAAGGAGAGUGAAUUCUUUACUGUGUGUCUUUACACAUGCUAUGAUUUAUUGAAACCAGAUUAAGUUAUGGAAUUAACUUGGAGAUCAGGCCUUAUGGAAUUUGCUAUGCCAUACUUCAUUUAAAUUACUUGGGAAUUGACUCAUAAGAUAGAAUAUGUAUAAAAGAAACAUGAGGACAGAGAAAAGAAGGUAUAAUUUAUAUUAAUUAAAAUAGGAAAUUCAAACAGCCUAAUAAUAAUAAUCAUAAGCUUUACCAAUAGCUUAAGAUUUCUUAUUGAACUAAGGUCAAUUAAUGUUGGGUCCACCAAGUUAGAUGAGUAGUAGCAAUUUAGGUUUUGGAUAGCCUUCAGGUUAUGGAUAGCCUCCAGGAUUUACAAAUUCUUCAAUGAAUUAAGCUCCUAUGGGUUAUGGAGGAUAACAAUUUGGAUCAUAUUAGCCACCUGGUUUUUGACCAAAUUAAAUAUAUUAAAAUAAAACAUAUAUAUAAUUUUAUUUCNUUUGCUUGUGUUGAAGCAUCUGAAUUUAAAUAUGCUUCAAUUUCUGCUUAGAACAUUAUCAUAGUACCAGAUAUGUUGGAAUCUUUGAUUAAAUAAUAUGAAGAAUAUAAUGCAUAAGAAGAAAUGAUAAUAUUAUUGGAAAAUGCUUUAGGUAUGUAAAGAGCACAUGUUGGUAUCUUUACAGAAUUAGCAGUUCUUUAUUGUCAUUAUAAAUAAAAGAAAGUUAUGGAACAUUGUAGAUAAUAUUUCUAAAAGAUGAACAUAUUGAAAGUUCUAAGAACUUGUGAAAAGAUGUGUCUUUGGAGUGAAGCUGUUUAUUUACAUUAACAUUAUGAUUAACCAGAUAAUGCUAUCAAUAUUAUGAUUGAACAUUCACCAACUGCAUUCUCACAUGAUGUUCUAGUUAUGUUACUCUAAAAGAUUACUAAUACAGAUUUGUAUUACAAAUGUAUUCUCUUUUAUCUUGAAGAAUAACCAGAAUAAAUUAAUGAUUUAUUAAGAAGUAUUCAAUCUAAGAUUGAUUUAAGCAAAUUUGUUAAAUUAAUGAAGAAUACUGGUUAUUUAGCUUUGACAUUACCAUUUUUAUAACAAAUUCAAAAUUCAAAUAAUAAAGAUGUUAAUGAUGCCUUAAAUCAACUCUAUUUAGAUAUUGAAGAUUAUGAAAAUCUUAGAGAAUCUGUUAAAAAUUAUGAAAACUUUGACUAAUUGGCUUUAGCCUAAAAGACUUAAUCUCAUGAAUUAGUUGAAUUUAGAAGAAUAGCUGCUUAUUUAUAUAGAAAGAUCUAGAAAUAUGAUUUAUCAAUGAACUUAAGUAAAUAAGACUAAAUGUACAGAGAUGCAGUUGAAACAGCUUAAGAAUCAUAGAAUGUAAAAUUAGUCUAUGAUUUAUUGGAAUUCUUCAUUUAAAAUAAAGAGAAUGAAUUCUUUACUGUUUGUCUUUACACAUGUUAUGAUUUAUUGAAACCAGAUUAAGUUAUGGAAUUAACUUGGAGAUCAGGUCUUAUGGAAUUUGCUAUGCCAUACUUCAUUUAAAUUACUUGGGAAUUGACUCAUAAGAUUGAAUAUGUUUAAAAGAAGCAUGAGGAUAGAGAAAAGAAGGUAAAAUUUAUAUUAAUAAAAAUAGGAAAUUCAAACAGCAUAAUAAUAAUAGUCAUAAGCUUUACCAAUGGCUUAAGAUUUCUUAUUAAAUUAAGGCUAAUUAAUGUUGGGUCCACCAAGUUAGAUGAGUAAUAGUAAUUUAGGUUUUGGAUAACCUUCAGGUUAUGGAUAGCCUUCAGGAUUUACAAAUUCUUAAAUGAAUUAGGCUCCUAUGGGUUAUGGAGGAUAACAAUUUGGAUCAUAUUAGCCACCUGGUUUUUGACCAAAUUAAAUAUAUUAAAAUAAAAC